AGCAGCCCAACCCACUUUAAGUUGUGUGUGUAUUGGGCCAGCCAUAGUUACAUUGUGAAUUAAUACGCAAUACUUCUAACGGUGUCUAGUAAGCUAUCUAUUUUUCAAGCUGAAAAUUUUGUAAUUUUAUCAUUGCGUAUACAUUUGUUUACGUGUUGAUUCGGGUGAAACCUGUUAUAAAUAUUUCGUAUACAUUGAACUAUUUACGACGCGUACUUGGCUAGCCUAGCGGAGUUGAGUAAAUCAAAUACUUUGGGUAUUUCUCCAGCACACACACGGUCCACAGGCGGCGUAAAAGAAUUAUAUUAUUGACUAGAUUGUAAAACAGUCGUGAUCUAUCAUGGAAAAUAUCAAAAAGAAGAUUGCCAGCCUAAGGUCAGAAAACGAAGGACUGCAAGAAAAAGCGGAUGAAUUAUCACGACUGCUAACAGAGCAAACACAAAAAACAGAAGAGGCUGAAUUGGAGAGAGAUAACCUUGCACGACGACUUCAGCUCCUAGACACAGAGUUUGAGAAGGCAAACGAAAGAGUAACUUCUCUAACUGGCAAAUCGGAAGAACUUGAGCAGAGAGUAGAGGAGAGUGAUAGGAUGAGGAAAGUACUUGAAGACCGUAGCAAUACAGAUGAUCUAAAGAUUACUGGAUUGGAAGAAAGUGUUCAGAAAUUAAAGGAGCUAGCUGAAGAAACUGAUCGCAAAUUUGAGGAGGUUCAAAGAAAAUUGACAGUAACUGAAGGUGAAUUGGAACGUACUGAAGAACGAGCCAGUCAAGCGGAAGGCAAAGUGCAGGAGCUGACGGAUGAAACUUCACUGCUACAAAAUCAAGUCAAGGAACUGACAAGGGCUGAGGAGACUGCCAGCGAGAAGGAGGACAUGUUUGAAAAGAAAAUUAAGGAACUUUCAUCAAAGAUGACAGAGUCUGAGACAAGAGCCGAGUUCGCUGAGAGGUCCGAGAAGACGAUCCGUGUCGCAAUUGAUCAAUUGGAAGAGGAGCUACAAACAGAGAAACAUAAAUAUGUUACUGUUAAGAACGAAUUGGAUGCAUUGUUGUUAGAAGUCAAUGAGAUGUAAAUAAAGUGGAUGAUGAGCAGGUCAAGCAAAAGAACCUAGACAUUCGAUGGAUUGUGACCAAUUAAUCGUAGACAUAGACAGUGUUUAGAAAAAAAAAUGAUGCUGGGCAGGAGAAAGCAGUAGAUGGCAAUGACGACAAGCACAUAUAGGAGUUUUUGAUUCCUUUCUUUUUUAAUUUAUUAAUAUUUUUAGUGCCUGUUGAAAUGUUUUCCAUCUUGCUUGCCUGUUAGUUGCCAUUGCAACAAGCAGUUGCUUGACCUCAUUACCAAAUGAUGGAGUUUUGAUGACCAAUAAUGUGUGGAGUCCUCUUUUUAUAUAUAAAAGUGAUUGAUUUAUAAUACUUAUUAUUGGACAAUUAUCUUUUGUGUCUUUUCUUAGCUAAGUAAUUUGUUCACUGUGUAAACAUAUUCCUACAAGCAGGUGAUUACUAUUUUAGAUUUUCAGAAUCAUUUUCAAAAUUAAAUCCAAAGUAGCUAGUAAGCAUAGAAUCUGCCAUUGUAGGGAGAUGUAGUUUGAAUGAAGUUGGGCUUUUCUAUGAUUUUUUUAAUGUACGUACAUAUAAGUUACUACACCUGGUUUGUACCCAUUUGUAAUUGAUAUAUACUGUUUGGCGGCCUACAUAUUAUUAGAAUUAUUUUGUAGAAAGGCCUGUUUUGUAUCAGGUCUCGAUUAACCCAUACUUAGUCUUUAAAAUUAAUAAUUUUUUUAUCAUGUUGUAAGAUGAGAACAUUAUCACUGAUACAAAUUUAAAUAUUAAAAAAAACGUUAAUUGUCAUUGUCUAACAAUAGUUUUAUGCUAAAAUUAUACAAAUGAUUGUCUGAUAUUUUUUUGCUAGACAUUCCAUUGAGUGAUGAAAAAAUAGAUAUACUGUAGAUGAAUUAACUUUUUAGGAAAAGAGGGCGUGGCUUUUUUAGGCACUGUAUAGGCUAAAAGCACACAGUGGUGGUGGUGGUGGUAUUGAAUGUAACUUUUUGAAAAAAAUUAGAAUUUCAGAUUACUGAUAAGUGCACAUAUGCAUAAAUCUAUGUAUGUAGAAUAUAUAAUAUCAGUAUAUAUGUAUUGUGAUUUUAAUGUUAACCUUUUUUCCUCAGCCCAUUUUUCGCUUGGUUGCUUUUUUGUGCUAACAAGUAUUUACUAUAAUGAUAUUGACAAUUAUUUUACCUAAAGUGCUUUUAUUUGGUGCUUAUGUAUUAUUGCUUUCUUUCACUCUCUUAUCCUUUUCUAUCCAUCUCAUUCAUUUUUUUCUUUUCGCUUCUUGCUCUGCCUUCCAGAUGAGCUGUUUAUGGAGAAGGAGAAAUCUCGACGGGUGGCUGAUGAGUUGGAUCAGACCCUGGCCGACUUGAACGCUAUGUAAAUCUUCAUACUAUCGACCCUGCUACUCGACAACCUUUCUCUAUUUCUGUAUCCCUCUGUUUAUUAUCUCUGCUUCCCUGUUAAUAACGAUGGAAGAUUAAAUUGUAAUGAAAUUCGCCAUUUCUGGAGUAUCAGCCUGUUCUGAACUUGAAUGCUUAUUUCUAUCUUGAAAUUUAUUUAUCUUAUUUAUUUUUUUUACUAUUACACUCCAAUGUGAUGCUGUGUAGGGGGUAGGGAUACCCUUCCUUCACGGUUCCCUACCCCCAGAUGUAGUUAGACCCGAACAUUGAAUCAAUUAAGUAUACAAAAAAGGAGAGUUUGUCAUGCAAAAAUCAUUAAUGGGAAGGAGCGCAUAAGGAUCGCUAUGGAAGAGUGUUGAAUGACGACAAAUGCUUUAGGUAGACUUAAUGUGUAAUUAUAUAGGCUUUAGUAGCACCCAUAAGCAAAAAAAAGUGUAAAAAUUUAAAAAAAUGUAUUAAAAAUUAUUGAUACGUAGGCACUGCACAUGAAAUAAUCAUUAUUGAAACGAUAAAAAGACAAUUGUAUUUUUGGCAGUAAACUACAAACACAUUGAUCUUGGGUAUCAUAACAUUUAUCAGUAUUACUGUACAAGAAAAUUCAGUGAAAUUCUGUUAUUACAACAAAUUAUGACAGAUUUUUGGGCAAUAUUUCAGAGGCUCGUAAACUGCUUCCAUUUGUAUUCACUACCGGUCGCAUUAUUUAUGUAUUUUGUUUUAAAUGUUUAGUUUCCAUGUUUCGACAGCUGAUAAUAUAACAAAAUUCCCUUUCCUAGUAAACGGGCCAUGAUUUGAUUGGUUAGAUUACAUUAAGUAUGGCAUUAUCAACCAAUGACCAGCCUUGUCUGUGAUGGUAUAGUUACCACAUGCAUUCACGUUACUGCCAGUCAUGUCGAAAUUUUGAAAAUUGUAGUCACUGUGCCAGGUCGCAUUUGUAUUUAUACCACAACUAUAAUAUAUGAUGAUAUUAGCUUGAAUUACUUUUUAUAAUGUUUUUUCUUUAUUCCAAAGAUGUUAAGAUUAGCUGUAUAUGAAGUUAGUUACAAAUUCAGGCCUUGGAUACGAUUUUUCUUUCUAUUUUUAAAUUGAUUUAAUGCUAUAUUGAUUUCUUAAUAGUAUUAACUGCUUGAUCUCGUGCAGUGUUUUUUCGUCAGAAAAGAGUACAGUAGUAAGUUAUAUUUGGAACUAUUGUAGACUAUAGGCCUACCAUGAAUCUAUGCUAGGAAACAACAUUAUCUAUGUUUAUAAAAAUCCCUAGUUUCAUUUUCGUUGUGAAUCUUAACGAACGUUACAUCGCCAGAUGUUAGCGAGUAGGUUAAAUGAUAAUCCUCCACGAAAUCGCAACAAGAUUGUAUUUUAUACAUUAUGUGAUCUCAUGGUUCGCAUUAUCAUGUAGUCCAUGUUUUCCCCGUACAAUGAAGGAUGAACCAACAGAGGGCAUAAAAUCUAGGUCCCUGUUUGUUCGUGUUAGCCUACACGACAGUCGCCCCGUUUGAGCAAACUAAUAAAAGUAAUAAUUACAUAA